AUGAGCCCAUGUCCGAUCCUGAAAUCCCAGGGAAGCAGCUGGUGCGCCGUUCCCUGUGGGACAGUGUCACUAAAGCGCCUUGUCUUGGAAUUCUAGACUGUCCGUCAGCAAACAAACGCACGCACUGCAGCGUACGGAGCUGCCACCCGAGCUCUGAAGGCCAUCAGCAAGCUGGUCAAGAGCUGCAAUGAGGGAGCUCGGGCUAUGGAGAGGACGGAGCAGAUGUACACCCUGCAGAAACAGCUGGAAUUUGGGAAGAAGAAGCCUUUCCCGCUGAUCUCCGUGUCCCGCUGGCUGCGGAAGCGGGGGGAGCUGUACCUGCUGCUCUCAGAGGAGGCCGGGAUCUUCCGCCGCGGCGCCGGCCGGCUCUGCUACCUCUUCUUGUUCAACGACGUCCUCAUCAUCACCAAGAAGAAGAGCGAGGAGAACUACACGGUGAUGAACUACGCCACGCUGGACCAGGUCACCGUGGAGAAGGUGGAGAGCACGGAUCCGCCGUCCCCUCCUCCCGGGAAGGCCGGCGGGCACCUGCUGCGGGUGGUGCUGGAGAAGGACAGCGAGGGCCGGCGGGAGGAGAUCGUGCUGUCGGCAGAGACACUGAGUGACCGGGCCCGGUGGAUCGCGGCGCUGAUGCACCGAGAGAAGGAGAAGCCUGACACCACUCCCAAAGGAGACCUGAGCCAGGUGGAGAUCACCCGUGCCUACCUGGCCAAGGAGGCAGAUGAGCUGUCCCUGCAGCAGGCAGACGUGGUCCUGGUGCUGGGGGGAGAGGAUGGCUGGUGCUGGGGCGAGCGGCUGCGGGACGGGGAGCGGGGCUGGUUCCCGCAGAGCUGUGCCCGGCAGAUCACAAGCCGCUCGGCCGUGGAGGGCAACGUGCGCCGGAUGGAGCGGCUGCGCAUCGAGACCGACGUGUAGGCCCAGAGAGACCCCUCUGGGGGCUGUUUAUGGACCUCCAAACCUCUGCAGACUGAGCCCGUGGCAAGAAGGGAGCGGGGAGCCCUCUGUGGGGAACUGUGUGUGUCUCAGGCAGAUCUGAUCACCCGAGGCUCUCUUUGCGCCCGCCGUGGCAGCAGCUCCUUCGCGUGGGACCCGGCACCUGAGCGCUCCUGGCACUGGUGACCCGGAACAGGCUC